AUGUCGUCAGCAGAUCCAGCCACUGUAGAGUUUGGUCGUCGAUUGGAACGAGAAAGUGAAGAAAAUAGAAUUUCCAGCGAAGAUGAAGGGACUAAUACAGGUAGGAUUUUUUCCACUUUCACCUUUUCCAUCUAUAUUAUCGUUUCUAUUUUCACUUUUUUUUGCUUGCUUUCACUCUGGCCCAUUCUUUUGGGUGCGCAUUUUUUCCAUAUUAUCCAUUAUCUUUAAUG